GAGGGUUGUGAAGAUUCCUCUCACUUGGCUGCGGUCGCCGCGGCGCGCGGACAUGGCGCGAGUCUUGCGCCCACCUAGCCGCACUUUGUGGCGGCAACCGGACAAGUACUAGGAUGUCGCUGAAGACCCCGACGCCGGGCGUCGGCGAGCGCGAGACAUGGGGGAAGAAGGUGGACUUCCUGCUCUCCGUCAUCGGCUUUGCCGUCGACCUGGCUAACGUGUGGCGCUUCCCCUAUCUGUGCUACAAAAAUGGAGGGGGCGCCUUCCUGGUACCAUACUGCAUCAUGUUGGUGGUGGGCGGAAUCCCGCUCUUCUACAUGGAGCUGGCGCUGGGGCAGUUCCAUCGCAAGGGCGCCAUCACUUGCUGGGGCAGGAUCGUGCCUUUGCUUAAAGGUAUCGGUUACGCGGUGGUUUUGAUAGCUUUUUAUGUGGACUUCUAUUACAACGUCAUAAUCGCGUGGGCUCUCCGGUUCUUCUUCGCUUCUUUCACCACCAUGCUACCUUGGACGAACUGUAACAAUGACUGGAAUACGGAAUCGUGCCAACCGUUCGAAGCGAACUGGACAUCGGUAAACGCGAACAAAUCAACACGCCACAACUCCUCCGCGUCCAACACCCCCGCACAAACCACACAAUUCACAUCUGCCGCUUCUGAAUACUUUAACCGCGCAAUUCUAGAACUUCACAGGAGCGAAGGGCUACACGAUUUGGGCUCCAUCAAAUGGGACAUGGCACUAUGUCUAUUUAUGGUCUAUGUCAUCUGUUAUUUUUCGCUGUGGAAGGGCAUUAGCACAUCUGGCAAAGUCGUUUGGUUCACAGCUCUGUUCCCUUACGCAGUUCUGCUGAUACUUUUGGUGCGAGGGAUCACUUUACCAGGCUCUGCGACUGGCAUUGCUUACUAUUUGAGUCCUAAUUUUGAAGCUAUAACUCAACCGCAGGUAUGGGUCGAUGCAGCAACGCAAGUCUUUUUUUCGUUGGGUCCAGGAUUUGGUGUUCUUUUGGCUUAUGCUUCGUAUAAUAAAUACCACAACAACGUUUACAAAGAUGCACUUCUAACCAGCGUCAUAAACUCCUGCACGUCCUUCAUAGCUGGUUUCGUCAUCUUCAGUGUCCUCGGCUACAUGGCCCACGCGUCCGGCAGAGACGUUCAAGACGUGGCCACGGAAGGCCCAGGGCUGGUGUUCAUAGUGUACCCGGCUGCGAUCGCUACCAUGCCGGGAUCCACCUUCUGGGCGUUGAUAUUCUUUAUGAUGUUAUUGACCUUGGGCUUGGAUAGUUCUUUUGGCGGGUCAGAGGCAAUAAUAACGGCACUGAGCGACGAAUACCCCCCGAUCGGUCGCCAUAGAGAAGUGUUUGUGGCGUGUCUAUUCACUCUGUACUUCAUAGUUGGAUUGACUUCAUGUACUACUGGCGGGUUUUACUUCUUCCAACUUCUGGAUCGAUACGCGGCUGGUUACUCUAUGUUGGUUGCUGUAUUUUUCGAAGCUAUUGCGGUUUCUUGGAUCUAUGGUACUGAAAGAUUCUGCGAAGACAUUAAGGACAUGAUCGGUUUCCGACCUGGUCUAUACUGGAGGAUUUGCUGGCGUUUCGUGGCUCCUGCAUUCCUCCUCUUCAUCACUGCAUACGGUCUACUGGAUUAUGAGCCGCUGCAGUAUGAGGGCUACGUGUACCCGGUCUGGGCCAACGCUUUGGGCUGGACGAUUGCUGGAUCUAGCGUAAUUUGUAUUCCAACGGUUGCCAUUUACAAGAUUCUCACUACCAAAGGAACUUUCUUUGAGCGUCUCCGUAUCCUAACAACACCUUAUGCUGACACAGAACACAGUUCAGUCCACAAUGGAAUGGUUGUAUCAGAGAGUGGUGGUGUAAGGUUGACUUCCGCUGUGACGACGCCUAGUACCCCGCCCGCAAAAAUCGCACCAACCGCACCCUCCGCACCAACCACACCACCGUACGGACAACCCGCGCUUGUGUGAGCGACGCUCUCUUUUGACGUCUACUAUGUAUAGACAUGCACAGGACAAUCGUUCAAAUAUUCUAUCAACGGUAGACAAAUAAAUUAUGAUAGGGUUUCCCAGCGUCUUCAGAAGCAUCUAUGGUUUAUGGUGUAUGGAUAGUAAAUUUGAGGGCGAAAUUAAAUUGAUUACCUUAGACCUCGGAUUACAUAAAUAAGUAGUAGUUCUGCGUUUUUGGAUCCUAAAAACAUCUUGCAUAGUUUGAACCUCUUUAUAGAGAGAACUCGUCAAAGUGUUACCGAUAAUCCUAAUCAAACUUUUACUUACAUUUUAG